CAGGCGCCAUUGGAGCCUGACUGGGAGGAGUGAGAGAGUAGAUAGCCUUCCUACUAGGCGGUGAGAGUACUCCUCCAGAGCUGGUUUGGGGGACACUAUACGUUCAAUUUCUGGAUCCUCAACGAGACAGGAUCUGGUUUGACUGAUUAGCUAAGUUGCCUCUUUACGAAAUCGCUAAUUCAAGUUCGUGUGGAAACAUAAUGUUAGUCCGAUCUUCACAUCAGAGUGUCUGGCUUGCGGGGCAGCUCUUUGCAGCAAAGGGAGCAGAACUUCAGUGAGACAUGGCUGGAAACUGAUGAUACGUGUUCAAAGGAAUGUUGUGAAUUUUCAGAUUUCCCUCCGAUGAUCGUUUGCUUGAACACGGCAUUGAUUGUUCCCUUUUUGAAAACUCCUUUAUUUCUAGAAUUGGUAGGUCAAAUUUCACUUCCCCUUUGGCUGCUUAAAAAUGUUUUUAAAGAGAAGUGAUGUUUUUGGAUUCUAUUAAGACUAAUUGAUGGUUGCUUGUGUCAUUGUGACUGUGUUGUAAAAUCCGUUGUAGAAGGUAGAAGCACUUUCAGCUGUUCUUAUCUUAUGUUUUGUCCAGCAGUUGCAGUGCUGCAUAUCUUCAUUCAGUGUGUGCGUGUUAGUGUGGUUUAUUCACAGUGUUGCUAUGCAGACAGACUGGAGCCACACAGACAACUUUACUGUAACCUCAUUCUGAGGCUAGGCCUGGGCUGCUCACACUAAAAGAAACUUUUGGAGCACAAGAAAACCUCUGCACUUUCCAGUCCAACUUGUGUGGAAUAGCAGAUGUUACACAGUUGGAGCACUAGUGUUGAUUUUUCAGGAUGCUGUUAGGCAGACAGAGUGGAGCCACAUAAAACCAGCUGGUAACGGCCAUGACUGAGCACAUCCUGUUUAUGCAGCUUAACUGAAUGUGUAAAACAGUCUGAAUUUUCUGGUUGUAGUUUGCUAUGUAUUGUGUAUUACUUUAUUAAAUUCAGCACACGCCGACAUUACCAACUGUCUUCCCUACAUGCUUCCAAGAAGGAAAUGUGUAUAGUGCCAAUGCCAACCAUUCUAUGGUGACCACACUUAUAUAGGAUUUACAUAUCUUGUAGAGUUUAAUUAGCUUUCAUUUUGAUUUCAGCUUUUUUGAGAGAAAAAAAUUUAGCAAAAUGAAAAAAUCUCUGCCAUUGAAUAAUUUUUUGAACAGCACAAACAGCAAAGAGUCAGUUGUGAUGUCUGCCCCAGGUUCAAACAAGAAAUUCAAGAGAAAAUCUCGUGAGCCUAAAAGACUUUUCAGUAGUCUUGAAACUGAAAGCAUGAACAGAUUCCCAAUGGACAUGUCCGAUAUAGACUGUGUAGAUGACACCCAAAUCGCAAAUGUCAGCAAGCUGGCCCCUCUCCAGGGACCACUGAUGACAUCACAAGACGUUAUGGCCAACAGCAGGGGAAUCUUGUCAGCAAGACAAGAAGACAUUACAGCAGCAAGCCAGAGUGGUGCCAUAGAUAUGAGAGUUGGCAUUAACAUGCCAUCAGUAUCUCCCAAAGCAUCCCAGUCACCUGCCUCUUCCCUGUCCUAUCAUGAAAUCUCCCACUGGCCAAUUUCCAUCUCUCAGCCCUUGACCAACAGACUUAAGCUGGGUCUACACUCCACUUUACCUCUUUCAAAGCCAACCAGUGGCACUUCUUCUCCUGGCCAUCAGGCAUUCUAUUGGGAGUCCUCACUGCCUGGCCAGUCUGCAGCUGUGUCUGUACCCAGAGCCUCCCAGUGCCUUGACUGUGUGAAAACACACAUCUCUGAACAGAAGGAGUCUCCAAAGAAGCGGGUAGGAAUUGAUGGUGAUACAAGAGCGCGUCUUUCAGAGGUCAAAGCUAUUCAGCAAACUAGAAGGCUUCUGGCCAAUGCCAGGGAGAGGACUCGUGUCCACACCAUCAGUGCUGCAUUUGAGGCACUAAGAAAGCAGGUGCCGUGUUAUUCCUAUGGACAAAAACUUUCCAAGCUGGCUAUAUUACGUAUUGCCUGCAACUACAUUCUGUCUUUGGCUCACUUAGCCGAGCUUGACUACAGUUCAGAUCACCGCAGUGCGAGCUUCUCUCAGUGUGUGGAACAGUGUACGAGGACGCUACAAGCUGAGGGCAGAAGCAAAAAAAGGAAGGAGUGAUAAAGAAGUACUUGGAGGAAUAAUGACAAGAUGAAGAACACAAUGAAGUGGAUGAAUGCAGAAAAGUUUGACUUGUGCAUUUCACAAAUUUUCUUUUUACACAAAUUCCAUUAGUCUGAGGUCUUUGUAAUUAUGUCACGAAAUACAGUAAACAAUGUUUACCUUGGAAAGUACUAACAAAAUCAGCUAGCUACAGUAUUGAUCAUGAUUAUUGACAUUUGGAUUCGUAGUACCAAAUUCCUGAAAUUAAUUUGUAUCUCUUUUUUUUUUUUUUCAAAUGUUAGAUAAUUUAGAUGAAAGUAGAAAUUCUAAAAAUGCACAUGAAUAACUUGCAUACAAUAAAAAAAUAUUUACCCAUUUGCAGAUUUCUUCAUGAAAUGUGUCAGACCUGUAAAGUUAUAGUAGGCUAAAACAUCUUAAAUGAUGUUGCUGUAAUCCAGAGAAAUUUAAGAGCAGAUCAAACACAAGUCUUUAAAGUCUAAAACCAAAGGGUUUCAGAGCCAUUUUUUAGGCUUUGGGAAUCCAAUCCACAAAUAGAGAAAACAUGGGACAGUGGUGCCAAAAAGGUGAAACUCUUUGGAAGGUAAUAUAGCACUUAAGAAAAUUACAGUCUAAGAUUUCAGAGGUGGUGAAUUCUGCUCUAUACAAGAAAAUACUGAAAUGUCCCACCAUUAGUUUCUGACCUUAAUCUCAAAUGCACUUUGGUUAUGCUGUAGGACAAUGAUCCAAAGCACACCAGCAGUCCACCUCUAAAUGGUUAUAAAACUUAAAUGAAGGUUUUGUGGUGGCCUCGUCAAAGUCCAGACUUAAAGCCGAUUGAAAACCUCAUCAGCUCGUUCAUGCUAGAAUACUUUCCAGUGUGGCUAAAUUAAAAUAUUUUUAAAAAUGAGAGUGGGACAAAAUUUCUCCAACGCAAUUUAAAAGAUUCUGCCAGUAAUCAUAAAUGAUUGAAUUGUAACUGUUGCCACAAAGCAUGACAGACCCACUUGUUAGGUUUAGUGGGCAAUUGCCUUUUUUUUACAUAAGGCCAGGUUGGCAUUGCUAGCUUUUCCCCCUUAAUAUAUAAAAUACUAAUUUGACAACUAAAAGAAAAAACUAAAAGUGAUGAUCUGAAACAUUUACGUAAUAAAAAAGCAAAAACACAAAACAUCGGUAAGCAGGGAAAAAAAACAUUUUUCGUGGCACUUCAAUAGCUACACAUUUCGUUAGUGUACAUUUCAUUGCCCUACACUGUAUACUGUUCUAAAUGUACCCACAUAGUUCUUGAUAAAUCUGUGAAAAAUGCUUAGAAUGCAUGUUAGUUAAAUAAUAAAGAUAGUUGGUAAUGUUCACAUCCAACAGCCCACCCAUUGAGCAGUUUUCAGUUUUUAAAAAAUUAUUUUAAACCGGUUAGUACUGAGUACUCUUCUUGAGAUUUAACAUAAAUAAAAUUGAUUUAAAAAACA